UCAUUCAUGAACAUGGCACCCCAUCUAUCUUUCAUCACUUUUCUUUAAUUAAAUUUAAAUUAAAUUCUUUUUUUAUUAAAAAAAAAAAAAAAAAACCAGAUAGAUCCCAUUUGACCAAGAAGACAAAACCAGAAAAAACCCUAGUCUUGUUUUAUUUUUGCCUCACUUUCUAUACCAAAAAAAAAACAAAUCUUGAUUUGAUCUCAUAUAUUAUUUGAUUCAAAAAAACCCCAAGUGUUUAUUUUGAGUUCAUUUUUACAUGUCUUAAUUAAAUGAGGAUUUUUCGAAGAUGUACGAGGAUAUUUUUUAUCCUAUGUUUGUUUGCUGUUUUUAUAACCACUCCAAUUUUAUUGCUUUCUUCACAUUGGCAUCUCGGUUCUGAUGCAUCGAAGGAGUUCGUUGGAGAUUUAUCAUAUCUUAAGCAUAGGAUAGAGGUUCAGGCACUUAGUGUAGUUCAACAGGAAGAAGUUGAAAGCCUCAAAGAACCGAUCUUGAACGUCUACCGAGAUGGAGACCAAAGUUCUGCUGUCAGUUUGGAUACUAUACAUAAGAACGAUAGUCUUGGCCAACUUAAGAAUGUCAGUUUGUCGGGAAAUGAUGUAAUCACACAUGAUGUGAAGAAAGAAAGUCAACCAAGUUUAGCGGAGCAAACGCUGUCCACAGCUAGGGAAAAGGCAGUGGAAAAAUCUAGACCGAAAGAAGUUCAACACGGUCAGAAUGUACAGUCUCAUCCACGGAGGGCAUUAGAUGAGAGGGUGAAGGAGAUUAAAGAUCAGCUGAUUAGGGCCAAAGCAUUCUUGAAUUUUAUACCAGCGGGUAGUAACUCUAAUUUUGUGAAAGAGAUAAAGCUACGAAUUAAAGACUUGGAACGAGCUGCUGGUGAAGUUUCUAAAGAUUCUGAUUUGUCAAGGAGGGCAAUACAGAAGAUGAAGGCCAUGGAAUCAACCCUGUCGAAAGCCGGUAAAUUGUUCCCUGAAUGCUCAUCAAUGGUGAAGAAACUUCGUGCGAUGACAUAUAAUGCUGAGGAACAGCUUCGGUCGCAAAAGAAUCAAGCUUCCUUCCUUGUAAAUCUUGCUGGAAGAACUACCCCGAAAGGCCUUCAUUGCCUCUCCAUGCGGUUGACUACUGAAUAUUUUUCCCUACAACCUGAGGAGCAGGAACUGCCUAACCAACAUAAAUUUCAGAAUCCAGAUCUCUACCACUUUGCUCUUUUCUCUGACAAUGUUUUGGCAUGUUCUGCAGUUGUCAACUCAACUGUAUCAACUGCUAGGGUUCCAGAGAAGAUUGUGUUUCAUAUAGUGACAGAUUCUCUUAACCUACCAGCCAUGACAAUGUGGUUCUUGUCGAAUCCUCCUGGCAAAGCAACAAUUCAGAUCCAAAGUAUAGACAGAUUUGAUUGGUUAUCAAACAAGGAUAUUCUGCAGAAGCAAGAGUCUCUUGAUCAAAGAUACACUUCUUCACUGAACCACCUGCGCUUUUAUCUGCCUGAUAUUUUUCCUUCUCUCAACAAGAUAGUGCUCCUUGAUCAUGAUGUGGUUGUAAAAAGGGAUCUGAGCGGACUUUGGCGCAUUAACAUGAAGGGCAAAGUGAAUGGUGCGGUGGAGACUUGUAUUGAAGGCGAGCCUUCAUACCGCCGAAUGGAUAUGUUAAUCAAUUUCACUGACCCCAUGGUGGCGACGAGAUUUGACGUGAAAUCAUGCACAUGGGCGUUUGGGAUGAAUAUGUUUGAUCUGCAGGAGUGGAGGAAGCGUAACCUUACUGGGCUCUACCACAAGUACUUGGAGAUGGGAAGUAAUAGACCAUUAAUGAAAGCUGGUACUUUGCCCAUGGGUUGGAUGACCUUUUACAAACAUACACGUGCUAUAGAUCGGAGAUGGCAUGUCUUAGGGUUGGGGUACGAAUCUGGUGUGAAACUGAACGAAAUUGACCAGGCAGCUGUGAUUCAUUACGAUGGAGUUAUGAAGCCAUGGUUAGAGAUUGGACUUCAGAAGUUCAAGCCCUACUGGAAGAAACAUAUUCGGUAUGAACAUCCCUUUUUGCAACAGUGCAAUAUUCAAGACUAGCGAUUGGAUCCUUUAGUGAUAGGUUGAGUUCCACUUCACCACAAUUACGUAGUGUAGGAACCCCUCACAUUCACCAUAUUCUUUCACACAAUUUUUUCCUUGUAAAGUCCAACUUUUACGCCCUCCAUCUCACGUUUAUUUUCCUUCUCAACGGUCAUAGAAAUUUAUCCCCACACUAGCAAUAACUUGGGACCUGAUAUUGGCGUGUCCCCGAGAUUCUUGUAAUGCUUGGACUUGCCUGUAUAUUGAUCUUGUAGAAUGCUAAAGAAGUUUUUCUUAUGAUUUACCUAUUGUAGGUGAGAU